GCCAUUGCGUUCGUCGUUAUUGUUUCGCGCAUGCGCAUGGGUUGGACUCGACAGGUUAGCAUCGUUUUCAAAACAUGUCUGAAAAAGGAGAAGUAGAUUUGACUGGUGCCAAACAGAAUACGGGCGUCUGGCUGGUUAAGGUGCCAAAAUACCUGUCUCAGCAAUGGGCAAAAGCAUCUGGCAGAGGCGAAGUCGGAAAACUCAGAAUCUGCAAGAAAGGAAACCAAGGAAAAGCAGAGGUGUCCUUCACUUUGAAUGAAGAACUGACUGUGAUUGAAGGUUUAGAAGAUAAGACGGUAUCUGCACCUCGUGACCAUCCGUUUACCAUGCAGUCAGUUGGAGGCCAGACAUUAGCGGUCUUCACAGAGAGUUCAGCUGGCCAAUCAGAAGAAAGAUCUGAUGGCAGCAACUCAGGUUCGGGGGCGGGGUCAGGUCCAGAUAAACUAGCCUUGGAGGGACUGGUAGUGCAGAGAGCAGAGUGCAGACCUGCGGUUAGUGAAAACUAUAUGAAAUUGAAGAGGUUACAAAUUGAGGAGUCCUCUAAGCCAAUCAGACUGUCACAGCAGUUGACAAAACCUGUCACCAGCAAUUACAAACCUGUAGCCAACCACGACAACAAUCGCGAAUAUGAGAGGAAAAAGAAAGAGGAGGGCAAGAGAGCAAGAGCUGAUAAACAGCAGGUGUUGGACAUGUUGUUUUCUGCUUUUGAAAAGCACCAGUUCUACAACAUCAAAGACCUUGUGGACAUCACUCAACAGCCUGUGAUUUACCUGAAGGAAAUAUUGCGUGAUAUUGGCAUCUACAAUGUGAAGGGAACACACAAGAACACCUGGGAGCUCAAGCCAGAGUACAGACAUUACCAAAAUGAGGAAAAGACUGAUGAGUAGUUUUUGAGUCUCCCAAUACCAGUACACACAUUUUCACUGAGUCCUCCACAGAACAGACAGUGUUCGGGUUUUUUAAAUUUUUGUUUUUAGUAUCAGGUGUCAGAUAUGCUAGCUGAGGCAAAGUGAAACAAAUUGGGAUUUUACAUGUUAACAUCUUGAGUUAAUGGUGUUUUUGUUGUAGCAUCUGCACAUUCUUCAGGCCAGUGGUAGUUCUGUCCACCAGAAGUACAGGAAGUAUCUCAGUCUGAAGAAGUCGUUUGCAUUUUUAACAAAUAUAUAUAUACAGACCCACCUUUAAUUAAGGGUUAUGAGUAGAGGAUACAAGUUAAUAUGACUGACUUCCAAUGGUUAUCACUACCAAAUCUUUUUCAUUUGAAUGCAAAUGAUGCUGUAUUUAUUUUUCUUUUCAGUAUUUUCUCCAUGUUUUUAUCUGGAUUACCCCAGUUGAACCUGAGGGGCCUUGUGGAAAUUGUCUGGCAUACUUGUUUACUUAAAGUUUUACUAGAUUACACU